UUUUGAAUCCAUCCAAACACGGUCUUGCUGACAGCAAGAUAUCUUAAUAGAGUCCAGCUGCAGCUAGGUUUUUUCUCUCUCUUCUCUCUCUCUAGAAAAAGGGGGGAAAAAACUCGUAGAAAAGCAUAAAUAUACCCACCCCAAAACCCCAUCUCUCUCUCUCUCUCUCUCUCUCUCUCUUCCCUUAUUGCAUUUUAGGGUUUUCAUCUUCAAAUUUUCAAGAAAAUGAGCAACCCCAAAGAUAACUUCAAUGUUGCUGAUCUCAGUGCUGCUUUGAAUGCAGGGGACAGAGCAGACCUUGUCAAUGUUCUCAAGAAUAAACUUCAGGACCUUACUGGAAAGCACACAAACUUGCUUGAGAAUUUGUCCCCCAAUGUCAGAAAGCGUGUUGAAGUUCUGAGAGAGAUUCAGACUCAGCAUGAUGAGUUGGAGGCCAAAUUUUUUGAGGAGAGAGCUGCGCUUGAAGCCAAAUACCAAAAGUUGUAUCAGCCUUUGUAUACGAAGAGGUUUGAUAUUGUGAAUGGAGUUGUUGAAGUCGAUGGUGCAGUGACAGAGGUGCCAGCAGUGGACCAGGAAAAGGAUAAAGCUGCAGUGGAGAAAGGAGUUCCCGAUUUCUGGUUCACUGCAAUGAAGAAUAACGACGUGCUAGCUGAGGAGAUUUCCGAGCGCGAUGAAGCAGCACUCAAGUUUCUCAAGGAUAUUAAGUGGACCAGGAUUGAUAAUCCCAAGGGAUUUAAGCUUGAAUUUUUCUUUGAUACUAAUCCUUUCUUCAAGAACACCGUGCUGACCAAAACAUAUCACAUGAUCGAUGAAGAUGAGCCAAUUCUUGAGAAGGCCAUAGGUACUGAGAUAGAUUGGCAUCAAGGAAAAUGUUUGACACAAAAGAUUCUGAAGAAGAAGCCAAAGAAGGGAUCAAAGAAUGCCAAGCCUAUUAUUAAGACGGAACAAUGCGAAAGUUUCUUCAACUUCUUUAGUCCACCUCAAGUUCCAGACGACGAAGAGGAUAUUGAUGAAGAGGCUGCUGAAGAACUUCAAAGUUUGAUGGAACAAGACUAUGAUAUUGGAUCAACUAUCCGUGAUAAGAUUAUCCCCCAUGCCGUUUCUUGGUUCACUGGGGAAGCUGCCGAAGAUGAUUUUGCUGACUUGGAAGAUGAGGAUGAUGACGACGAGGACGACGAGGAUGAUGAAGAGGACGAGGACGACGAGGAUGAUGAAGAGGAUGACGACGAUGAGGAUGAAGAUGAGAGCGGGACCAAGAAAAAGUCAUCAUCUGCUGCACGCAAGAGGAUUGGUAGAGCACAUGCAGUUGAUGCUCCGGCUGGUGAGAGGCCACCCGAAUGCAAGCAACAGUAGUCCGUUCGUUCGUUGCAGCUGGCUACAAUCUACAUGUUAUUUUGCCUUGAAAAGAAGGAUGGCGGAGGGAGAUCCUGCAGUUUUGUUUGCUUGUUUGUUCGUUCGUUCGUCGAGUAUGCUAGAACAAUCUCUUUAGUCAUUUUUCUCUUUAUAUGUUUUCUGAUUUACAUUCUUUGGCUUUGUCAGUUUGCCCCUUUGGGGUAAGUAGUAGAUAGGGGAAUUGGAAGUGUGAUGAGACUUAUUAUAUACUCUUAUUGUUGAACUUGUUGGAGAUUCACAAAUCUCAAAAUAUAGCUUUAGUUACAAGA